UUUUUUUUUGGGAGUAAAAUUUCUAACCUGAAUCAUUAGUCACUAAACCAUAAUAAUACUCUAAUGGAUUAAGUGGAAUCGUCUUCUCUAUCCUUUUCUUCACCUAACCUACUCUAAUCACACCCUUCUUCAUUGGUCAGCAUUUUUGUCAAAACUCUAAUCGGAGAAAAUGGAGGCAGUGACGGCGAUGAAGCCAUUGAUCAGAGUCGCUGCUCUCUCCGGUUCACUCCGUAAAGGCUCUUUCAACAGUGGUCUCCUCCGGGCCGCGAUCGAUUUGACGAAGGAGUCGGUGUCGGGGAUGCAGAUUGAGUAUAUCGACAUUUCUCCGUUGCCGUUGAUCAAUACCGAUCUGGAAACCAACGGGACUUAUCCUCCGGCCGUCGAAGCUUUCCGGCAGAAGAUUCUUGAAGCCGAUAGCAUUCUCUUCGCUUCCCCUGAGUACAAUUACUCUGUCUCAGCUCCUCUUAAGAACGCUAUCGACUGGGCUUCACGAUCACCUAAUGUUUGGGCUGACAAACCCGCUGCUGUUAUAAGCACCGGAGGAGGAUUUGGUGGAGGAAGAUCUCAAUAUCAUCUUCGACAAAUCGGAGUUUUCCUUGAUCUUCAUUUCAUCAACAAACCAGAGUUUACUCUCAAUGCGUUUCAACCACCUCAGAAGUUCGACGCAGAAGGAAACUUGGUCGAUGAAGCGGCUAAGGAGAGGUUAAAACAAGUCCUUGUCUCGUUACAUGCAUUCACUCUGCGACUUCAAUGUAAGUAAGCAAAGGCAGAUUCUUCAUCAUUUGUGAGAUUGAUCGUGUGGUGAAAAUAAUAAUAUCAAUUGUUAUGAUAAGAAACAGUGUGGCACGUAUAACAGUUAUUAUUGCUCACUAAACCGUAUUGUAUAUGUAUUUACAUGAUACAAGUAUGUUUAUUCAA